AGUUCGCUGACCAGCACAUCUUUGUAGAUGUCUUCUUUUAGACAUUUCAUAGAGUUGGCCGGAAGGUAGAAUGUAUCAGAAAACACGAGUUCUGAAAGUACAGGUAUCCGCAGGAAAACGCAAAGUCUAGACAUGCUGCUGCCAAUACCUUUUCAUUGUGAUGAGAAUGAAGGAUGAUGCUGCUGCUGUCAAAUGCAGCCGUCGCCCCCCUCGCGCUCCUCCUCCCUUCGGUUCCGGGUCAUGACACGUGAUUUCUCCGCCCCCACAUGUCCCACCUCUCCUCUUCACCCCCUCUUCCUCCUCAAGUAAACAAUUGAGCAUCAUUUCAUUAUGUCUUCCAGCAGUCCUCGAUUCUUAUCUUUGGAAAAGGAAGCCCCAAAAUGCUAAGUUUACCCAGAGCUCUGUCAGACGGCUAAGUAAAGAUAAAUAAAAUAUGGCGUAUGUUCAUGAACAUGAUGUGGGGAGAGGACAUGUAGGUAAUCUGUUAAGUGAGAAAGUGUGUAAACUACAGUUGACAUUCAAAAAUGUUACAAUGAUUGUGCAAAAUGCAUCUCGUCGACCUUGCAAUGAAAUAGUUUUUUACAUUAUCAAAUUAAAUUAGUGGGUGUUCGGUUUUAAGGUACUCUUAAUCGCUGAGUGUCUUGAUUAAAUGAAUGCACCAGGACGUCAAGUUUUCAUCGCCCAGGAAAUGGUUAUAUAUGGGUAUUUAUAAAUAGGCUCACGUUUCUCACCGUACAUUGCAAUCAUAUGAAGCCGAUAUUUGUGAAUGGGAGUGAAAACUGCUAUACUGGCUUUCGUGUUGUGACGAAGAUAUUGCCAAAUCUAAGAAAUAAUUGUAACGUAUCAUACAUGGAGUAAUACAAAGAGGAUACAUGUGAAAAAUAAUCUUCUUUUACCCCGACAUGUCGGCCUGUGUGGCUGUCACUGUGACCACCCUCCCCCUCCGCGUGAUGGUACAGUCUUGGUUCAUUCAUAAAAUUCUAGCAGAGCAUACAAGGAGGGGCUUGCAUUCUAGUCGUCCAGUUACCAGGUAUAUACCUGGAGAAAAGACCCGCGCCGCUCUGCCCAGCCGGAAGGCCAGAGUCAUAUUUGUCAUUGAUCAGGACUUGUACGUGUAUUUUUUUUCCUCGUGGUGUAUCAUAACAACCUGACGCCUGACAUGGAUCCAGUCUCUCCCACCUGCCGGCCAGAGUCUCCUGUCGGGACACCAGAAGAGGCGAGCUCUCCAGCUUCCUCCUCAGAAAGCAAUGCAAAGGAUCUCUACGAAGACAUGAUCAUUGAAGACACUCCAUUUGUACCAACAGUCACUGCAAUUUCCUCUACCCCAGAUUUCCAGUGGAUGGUCCAGCCUACGAUUAUUACAUCUGUCUCCCCGACUCUCGGUAGCAAGCAAGCCAAUGAACCACAAAGCUCUCACCAGGCAACACCCAAAGUGGGCGGGAAUAAGGGCAAAAAUGCUGUCAGAAAGGGGAAAACAGAGCAGCUGUCUCCAGUGGAGGAAGAGAAAAAAAAGAUAAGGAGGGAGAGGAAUAAAAUGGCUGCAGCAAAGUGUCGCAACAGACGGAGGGAACUCACGGAUACGCUGCAAACUGAGACAGACAAGCUGGAGGAGGAAAAAGCAGCCCUGGAGACGGAAAUAGCCAACCUCCUCAAAGAGAAAGAACGCCUUGAAUUUAUCCUUGCCACACAUAAACCAGUGUGCCAGAUGUCAGAAGAGUUGGAGUCUAUUUUCCAGGAGCCAGCGGGGUCCCCAGAGCUAGCGCCCAGUCCAGACGAGGACAGACUACCAGAGGAUGGCACCCAGGAAGCUCCUUCGCUCCAGGACAUGGACAUCCCCAGUGAUCCGUCCACAGCCAUCUCUGGGAACUCCGAUAUCUUGCUGUGUGCCAGCGCUGAAAUCAACAUCUGCGAUCUCGAGCCCUCUCUGGACAUUAAAGAGGGGCUACUGGAUAAUAUGUUACCCUGUCUGGAGGAGAAAACCCCCAUGGAGACGGCUCGAUCCGUGCCAGACAUCGAUCUGAGCAGUUCUCUCGGGGUCUCGGACUGGGAGACCCUGUACAAGUCUGUUUCCAGCGACCUGGAGCCUCUCAGCACUCCUGUGGUGACGUCCACCCCCACCUGCAGCAGCUACCUGUCUGUGUUCACAUUUGCGUGUCCCGAGCUGGACUCUCUCACAGAGGGACUAGACAGUUAUAGAGGCGGAGGGGGAAAGGCUGAAUCUGUUGAUCUCCUCAACUCUCCGACUCUCCUCGCCUUAUAAUGUACAGAGGGAAGUGAUCUGUGUGAUCUCUCUGGUUCUUUUCUGUUUUUGCAGGUUUCCUGACUUUGAAAUGAUAUAAACAACAUAUGCCACAGUAUGCUGUAACACUUCAAGGAAUACAUUCAUGAAAUGUCUCGUGUGUGACGAAGCAAACAUGUAAACCUUUCUCCAGAUGCAUAGCCAACAGAGUGAUGUAGCGAAAAGCAUGGCUUUUACUUUAACCGGAGGGACUGAAGGCAGUUUUGAUUUUAAAAAACGCAUGCUGAGAAAUUCCAAAUAAUUUUCAAAGCUAAUAUAUAUCUGAUCUGUUACUAGAUCCAAGAUGUAAUGUGCAAUUUAAUGUAUCAGUAUGGUUUUGUGUUUUGGUGUCAAUAGUGUAUUGAUUGCUGUAAAUGUUGUAUUUACAUAAUCAUCCAUGUGAAGUACCUGCAUACCUCAACGUCAUCAACUGUGGUUUGACCUCAUUGAAAGUUUUCCAUGAAAACAUCCAGUGCUAUAUUCUAUAUAUCUUAUCAAGAUGUAACUUAUGAUUUAUUUUUUUACCUUUCAGAUUUUGACUUAAUUGUUAAAUUUAAGUAAAAAUGAGCAUUGAUUGCUUAUCUAUGCUGCUGAAUAAUUACAAUAAAUCUACAUUCAGAGUGGUU